AUGUGCCCUUCCCCCACACAACUUACAUCCAAGAACACCAUCAAAUACAACCGCAACAACCGCUACAACAACGACAAGACGAUGACUACCUCUUCCAUCAAGAUCAACUUCCAGGGCGCUUCACGCGACGUGAGCGUUCCGGCUCCGGCUACGCUCGCCAGGCUCCAAGCGGCCAUCGCAGCGGUCUUCGAGGUAGAGCUGCCUGUCCGCUCCCUCACUGGCGAGGCCGCCAAGGACACCGACCUGUCCUUCACGUACAAGGAUCCUGAUGGGGACGACAUCGUGUUCGACAAGGAUUCCGAGCUGAACCUGGCCCUACGCCUGUGCCCGGGCUCGCUCGAGAUCUCGGCUGCUGGCAAGGAAAACAAGGCUACGAAGAUGCCGGACUCCGAAGAAACGCUGUACAAGAUUGCCGCCCGUAACCUACGCGAGUACAACGGCGUGCCCUCGAUGACCCCACCCAAGCUCGUCAAGACCUUGGCUUUCCUCAAGCUGAACCCGCAACGCCUCGUGAAGCAAGGCCUUGCUCCCAAGAUGCUUCUGGCUCGCAUGAAGGCCGAAACCGCCAACAACGCCAAGCUAUCGAAGGUUCGUCUUGGUGACGGCAAGAACAACGAAGAUCUCGCCGAAUGGGUCGCCGCCGGCAUGGAAUUUAUGAGCGUGGAGGACGACAAGAAGGAGUGGAACGACGGCUUCGUGUCCGUCGAGCCCGCAGAGACUUCCUCCUCCGACAACGGCAACGAGGAAGAGAACGACGACGCUGCGCCUGAGGUCAAACAGAACCUCAUCCACAAGGCAUUCAUCGCCGGCGGCAUCCAGCUCCGCCCCCGCGAGGUGCGGCCCCUGCUCGUCGCCCUGGACGUCCGCCCCUGGCGGCUGGCCAAGCUCGGCCUCGUCGACGGCAAGGAUCUCCGCGCCAUGCUCCAAGCCGAGAAGAAGGCCGCCCACAAGCGUCACGGCCCGGGCCACGGUGGUCCCCGUGGCCCCACCGGCGGCUUCGCCCGUGGUCCCGCUGGCCUUAUCAUGCACGUCUGCGGUGGUAACCCAGGUCUCGGUGCCGGUGGUCGUGCCGGUCCCGGUGCCGGUCCUGGUGGUUGUGCCCCGGAGGCGCGAGGCAACGUGGUUCCUCUCGGGUGGGGCAAGAUGAGGGCCGUAGGCUGCGGCAAGCCCCGCGUAGGAAUGAUGAUGCCCCGCCGCUGCCACCCCCACGCCGGCAUGCCCCCCCCUCCCCCAGCUCACAUGGAGCACGCGCGUGCGCCCGGCGGCGGCGGCGGCGGUGUUGGCCAGCAGCAGCACGAGCGUCACCGCUAGGGGGCGAAGAUCUUCAUCACCACGAAGCCGAAGGAGGAGGAACCUAGCCGUCUACUACCUUUCUGGUCUUGGUGUCGCUUUUCGUGGCGCAAGAUUGAAUAACGGCAUGAGAGUAGUCGAGGUGGAACAGCCUUGUCUUUCGGUAUUAUUUGCAAUUGGGCAGAAGCCUCCCUCGGAAACACUGAUACGAGGGGUGGAGAACGGAAGGAUUGAGUAGACGAGAACCGUUUCACCGUUUGGCUUCUGCACUCAUGCAGCACUACGAUAGGCGACAACGCUCGCUCGAUUCGCCCUUCGGAAGAUGUUUUUUGUUGGCGUUUUGACGUUCGUUCGUAGUUUUGUACUUGGUAGUGAUUUUGCUUGUGGUGAUAAAAUAAGCUGAUCACGGAAGCAUGAAUACUUUCGCUUUCGAAUGUGACGUGAAGUGCUACAACGAGUGCGGCGCGAAAUGGGCUCGGCGAGCUGAGUCAGCGCCGGUAGCUUGUUUGAGUUUUACCGUCUUGCCGGACAGAGGCGCGAUGCUUCAAGCUUGUAUUAUGACUAUUUGAUGUCCGUAAGCCAUCCGAAUUGAGAGAUUGGUCCAUGGCCUACAGCGAAGUUCUUCGAAGUAGUGGAGAGAGCAGGGGGGUUAUCUUGUAAAACAGUCGAGGGGUGAUGACGGUGUGUGUCCUGUCGUGGGCUGUUGUAUUGAUGGGUAUUUGCUUUCCCAACCGAGCUUUCAUGGACGGGCGCUUACGCAACCAGGAGUGUAGUAGCCCCAGGCUGGUGUGUGCGCACAGAGGGAGCAACAUGUUGGCGCAAAUUGUAUGGAUCUAAAAAUUCGACCGUCGAGGUCGCAAACAAUAUUUGUCUGAGAAGCGGUCGCAGUAGUUGGACCGCCAGACACCGUAAAGGUGCGCGCUCGAUUGCGUGCUCUGCCAGGUUCAAAGGGCUGCUAUUGCCCAAAAAAGGUCGAUUGCGUUUUUCUCGUCGACGGCAAUCUUACGCGCGUCGGUCGGGUUCGCACCCUUGAGUCUUGUGGAGGAGACAACCUUGCAGUCAACAAGUGUCUUUCCGAAAAA